AUGUUACCAUCGUCUCUCCAAAGCAGCUAUAGGCUGUACAAACAAGACACCGACGACAUCGCGACAUGGCUAGCAGAAACUGCUCGCCUUACAGGCUACACAUCAGAGGCCUUACCAGCUCCAACUCAAACUGUGCAAGUCAAGACAAAAUCUAAAGGAAAAUCAAAGAGCAAAACGAAGAAACAACUUCGUGAUGCAGCUAGGCGUGUGCCCAAGGAGCAAAGAGAGCAUGUCAUACCGAUUCGAGAGUUUGCAAUGCUGGCGGAACACAUAGCUCAACAUGUUGAAAAGGCUCUUAAGGUUCCUUUAUCCAUAUUGCACAAGCUACAGAGAACUAUUGACUCCCGAAGAGAAUGCAGCCUUUGGUUCCGAACAUACGAGCAGGACGAAAAAAGUGAUGAAAGCCAUGCCUACUUCCUAAGCAUUCUCGAGGGCGUCUACACGUUGUUGGAGCCUCACAGCUCCUUGCCGUCAGAGAAAAUGGAAUCCAACGUUCAAGAAAUUGGUAAUCUGUUCUCACACCUGCACGUUGAGGAGCCAUCGCACGAAUUCCAGGAGAGUCGACCUUCGGACUCAUCGGCCACAGUGCAACAAACGCAAGUCAUGUACCAGGCAGAGCAUCCGGCCACCAAAUCCGAGAUGUUGUUUGCAGCAUUUAGCAUGUUCAACGACAUCGGCAGGAUUCACACAUUCUUGACGAAUAUAUGGGACCAGUAUCACCAAGGCUCCCUCGACCUCAUCACAGUCUCUGUCACGAGCAACACAGCUAUCGAUUUCGUCCGUCGGCUUGAGAAGGACUUUUUCGGACAGUUCACUUCCAUCGAUGGGCCUGAAGAAGUCAUCAAUACUUUGAUUCAGCUCAAGUGCCAUGUAUCAGGCAACGACAUGAUACACAUGAAACCCCCCAACGGAGAUGUGCAGGAAGUGAUACAUUUCAUUUAUGGCGACAUGUUCCUGCUUCUAACCUCUUUUAUGGACGUCUUUUCUCUUAAUGCACCCCCAGUCUAUCGUCCCGGUCAUUUUGGCAAGUACGAUCCAACUGUAGAUCGGAAAAAAUUGACAUCUGAGGCGCGUUUCGAAGAAGACAAGAUUAUCUUAGCUGAACUUCUUUGCGACUUCUGGUUCCUUGCAAGGAGUAAGGACGGUCCAGCGUGGGAAGAUGGGCUUACUCAAGGCUUUCGUGUCAUGCUUAAUAGUCGGAAGGUUCAUAUCUGGACAAUGUUUGCGGCGAAAUUGUUCCUGGAUGUGCACCAUCUACUUCGGUUAGCCGAAGGAGUACCGUUCAAGCAGAUACAAGGUCUAGGUAAGCAUCUCAAAGAGUCCUGGUUACUGACUCUCCGCAUGCGCGACAGUUCUCAAGACACGCUUUGGCCAGAUGGCAACGACAGAGCAGUCCAGGGCAAUCUGCUCGACGCCAUUGAGCAAUGGCUCGAAGGUGAUAUCAUACAGAAAGGUAUAGAGCAGUUGGUUCAGGGCAAGGUGUCUGCCCCUCAAGGCAAAUUCCGACUGCUCCAACAGCACGCUCUGCUGUGUGGUCUUCUCGCUUUCUAUCUACAGGCCACAGCGCAGCGUACUGGUGUGCUGUACGCUAACGCACUUGGUGUCGUACUUUACACAGGCCAUCUCUACAACGCCGUGUGUCAGGAGCGUGACUGCGAGACAGCAUGGGCAGACAUGGACCUGAUGAUUAAUAUACAGACCGAGGAACGGGUGUUCGUUGGUGGCAAGCCAAACAAUGCUCAGGACUAUUUCAAACGAUUUUGUCUGUGCAUGGGUUACUCUGCUGAGACAUUCGCAGCUAACCGCAGACAACAUGUGCCCCUGGCAGCUAGUAGAGGACCUCGUUCGUUGGAGAUCAAGGGCGAUAUGUCUCACAUCUUAUAUGAGAACAGUUGCGAAGGGUCUGGUUCGUGUUUGGACAAGAUCGAAGAACUCAUCAACAACAAGUUUGUCGUCGAUAAGGACGACGGGAACGAGGAUCCUCCUGAGCCAGACACUGAAAAAGUCGCUAUCAGAAAACGUACCAAAGGCGAAACCAAGGCCUUCCUUCGCCAUAAGCUUCGCAAACAAGCGGCACUCUCACCAGUCGAGCUACUCCUCGCGAUGCAAGCAAUGAUGUCUCAGGAAGUCCCUAUGUUAGCAUUUGACUACUUCCACCUCCACCGAGCCUGCUGGAUGAUGCUGGAUACGAUUCAGCAAGUUCUCCAUCAACGAUUUUCAAAGUACUUCGAAGCGGGCUAUCUGGAAACUAAAUCGCAAUUGCCGUUCAUAGUAGGCUACAUUUUCAUGGUGGCCUCAGGCAGUCAAAAGACCGCAGAACGUUUGGGCCUGAAAAAACCUAGAGCAGGCAUGGAGGUCAGCUCGGAGCUGCUCACUGUAGCAGGACAAUUGAUACAAACUCUGCUGAACGAUCAAAACUUUGGCCCGUACUCUCGACAAGCUACAGCGUACAUAGCACGUGAUGGCCGACUGUUCUUCUCGCCUAGUGAAAAGGAUCGUGGUUCAUUGGAAGAUGGUAUAACGAUCGAUUUUGGUGAUUUUGAGUUGAUCUAUGCUGGUGAUACACAAACGGCAACCAACUAG